CCCAGAGUGUCAAACAACUGGCGCUUCGACGAAAUUCAGUGUAAUCAACACUAAAUUGCCGCCAUAGUGCCCUGAAAUACGGAUAACAUUUGGUAUAAGUUACGGUGUAUACGUGAUGCCGAAGAUGCUGCUUUAAAAAAAUGAUUCAACUUUCCACAUUUGAAGAGGUUUAAGAGUACUAUCUUUAUCAGUUUUGGCGUUUUCGAAGAAUUCUAAACAUAUUUUACACGAAUGAACGUUUUUCCUUAACAAACACGCUUGUGUCAUUAAGUCAUAUGAAAAAAAAUCCUGAAACCUCCAAAUAAUGGACAAUCGAAAAAGAAAAACAUUCAGACAAAUUAUCCAUUUGCGGUGAUAGUGGAAUGAUAUCUUUUUUCAGUAAUGUGAGGUCAACUCAUUUUCUAUAUAUUAAUUUCAUAACAAAGACAAAUGGCUAAAUAAAACUAAAUUCAAAUUGAUUUUUCUCAUUUUCAUCGUUAGCAACAAAUUGAUUUCAUUGUUAAGCAAGUGAAAUGAUUUUAAUUUGCGAUUUCCACACCAAGAUAAAGUAAAUGCAUCGACGCAAAUCCAUUAACAUCCAUUAGAUGUCAUUUUCCAUUGGUGGUCAUCGUUUAUCGAUAAUGGUGUUUGUGAAUCGGGAAUGUCCUAAAACUGUUGUGUCUUCUUCAUUUAUCAAUGAUACCUUAUUUCAAUUUCGAUAGUCAGCACUAACGGCAACAAUGCAACGAGUUUCACGAAAAAUACGGCGAAAAGUGUCAAAAAGUUCAAGAAAACGGCGUGCAAUUCUCGUUCGAUUCAUUGGCACGGUGGAUCAAUGCAUUCAAAAGAUUGGCAAAUUUUUAAAAUUCUUGAAUUUUGACGGAAUUCAACAUUUAACCGAUCCCAAUAGGCACAUUUUUGAACGUAUAUUUUGGUUGUCUAUCGUAUUUCUAUUUGGUUUUGGUGUCUUCUAUCUGUGUUUUAAUCAAUGGUCACGAUACAAAGCCAAUCCAACAGUGAUAUCUCUCGAACGUGAUUAUCGCCAUUGGAACGGAACGAUGCCAGCGUUCACACUUUGCUUCAAUAAAAAAUUCAAUCAAACCAAAAUUGAAGAAUACAUUAUGAGUACCUGGAAAAUUGGACCGAACGAUGAAGACUUUGAAUAUUACUCGCAAUUUAUUGAAACGAUUUCAAAUCUGACUCUGGACCGGCUGUUCACCGUAUUCGAGUAUGAAUAUGAUGAUCGAUUGCAUGAUCUGAAUUUGAGUGAAAUUGUUGAGCAAGUCUAUCCAAAAUUGGAUUAUACUUUAAAAUCGUUUGAUAGCUCGAUUGUGCUUGAUUCGGAGCAAAUUUUAAGCGAACGUGGAAUGUGCCAUGUGAUCAAUUCACCCAUCAGCAAAGUGUUAAUGCGAAAUCCAUUGCAUUCAGUUGAUGAAAUGAGCGAAAUUUUAACAUGUUUCAUGUAUAAAAAUGAGUGCUUUAUGAGUAUUGAAUUUUAUAAUGUUUCGGCAACAAUUGAGAUUCAUUCGCCGGAGGAACCGCCCGUUUAUGAUUCGGAUGUUAUGCAAUUCAAGCCGGCUGAUGAGAUAACCAUCAUCUAUAAAGUCACCGAAACUUUGGCAUCCGAUUCAUUGAGAUCAUUGAAUUUACAGCAACGAAAAUGCGCAUUUCGAAGUGAAAUUUUUGACAAAGUUCCGAUAUUGAGCGGAAAAUUAUGCGAAAUGAAUUGUCGGGCAAAAAAUGCACUGGAAUUAUGCAACUGUAAACCAUUUUUCUAUCCAUUUGUUGAUGGUCCCGAAUGUAAGCUCACUGGAUAUUUGUGUUUGCAUCAAAAAUCAUGGCCUAUGUGGACGUUACGUGAUUGCAAGUGCCCAUUGAAUUGUGCUCAUUAUUCGUAUAUUGAACAAAGUCGAUUGAUACGAGAAUGGUCCAAUGAGGUUCUUUUUACACCAAAAGUGUCAUUUCGUUGGGAAGUUGUAUCGUCCAAAGUGCGAAAUCGUCGAGAUGUAAUUUUUAGCUUUGCCAAUUUCGUUGGUUCAUUCGGUGGAGCGGCUGCACUUUUUCUUGGCGUAAAUUUCUGGCAUUUUGUUGUAAUAUGUUUGAAAAUUCUUGAGAAAAUCGCUCAAUUUCAUUGGCGUCGUGAAUGAAUUUUUUUUUGUAUGG